UCCGCAAUUAUAUAUAUAGAGUGAGAGAGUCGACGGUGAAGGAGAAAACUACUGAACUACAGCUCAGGAGGGUAAUUAUAAAGCAAGCGGAUCUGGAGCUGAGUUUGGUUAACAGUGACUUAAGAUCUUAAGGAUUGCUAUUCAAAUUACUUCCGCUGGGGGAAUGAGCAAUCAAAAUUGUUGAUAAUUUAUUUAGAAGAAUUUCCGCAGAUUUCAUUCGCAGUGGCCAUGCUGCCGGAGAUUGAGAAUUAAACACAACACGCCCUGCAUUUUUAUUGUUUGUUAUAUUUCUUUUACACAAAAAAGAAAAUGGGAAUGCAGGGAGUUUUUGUGCAAUGGAGAGUUCUGAAGAUGAAAAAGAUGGAAACAUUGAAGGUUCUACACCAAAGGAGCUAGCUCGCCCUUCAGAAUUUAAGGGUACAAAAUUUGUAGAUGAUGUUCUCAAAGGACCAAAUGAGAGUUGCUUGGAGAACUUUCGGAUGGAUAAACAUGUAUUUUAUAAAUUAUGUGAUAUGCUACAUACGAAAGGCCUACUACGACACACAAAUCGAAUCAAGAUUGAGGAGCAAUUAGCAAUAUUUAUGUUUAUAGUUGGACAUAAUCUACGAACUCGAGCAGUUCAGGAGCUAUUUAGAUACUCAGGUGAAACCAUCAGCCGUCAUUUCAACAAUGUUCUCAGUGCAAUUAUGACUGUUUCAUUAGAUUUCUUCCAGCCUCCAAAAUCUGAUGUCCCGCCUGAAAUUCGAGAAGAUCCAAGAUUUUACCCUUAUUUUCUGAAUUGUGUUGGAGCAGUUGAUAGCAUACAUUUCCCAGUGACAGUCGGUGUGGAUGAACAAGGGCCUUUCCGAAAUAAGAAUGGUUUUCUUUCGCAAAAUGUUUUGGCAGCAUGCUCAUUCGACAUGAAAUUUCAUUAUGUUCUUGCUGGUUGGGAAGGCUCCGCACCAGAUAUGCGAGUUCUAAAUUCAGCUCUGACUAGGCAUCGCAAACUUGAAGUACCUGAUGGUAAAUACUAUCUCGUGGAUCCAAAAUAUGCAAAUAUUCCUGGAUUCAUUGCUCCAUAUCCUGGAGUAUCUUAUAUUCAACAACUUGAAUUUGGUGGUGGCUUCCACCCACAAGAUGCUAGAGAGCUCUUCAAUCAGCGUCAUUCAAUUUUGCACAACGUCGCAGAUCGCACUUUUGCUGCCUUGAAGGAACGUUUUCCUAUUCUCAUGUCGGCUCCUUCUUAUCCUUUGGCAACACAAGUGAAGCUCGUCGUUGCAGCCUGUGCCCUACACAAUUACAUCCGUUCUGAGAAGCCCGAUGACUUGAUCUUUAAAAUGUACGAACAAGAACUUUUGUUACAAGCAGAAGACCCAAUGCCUCCUUUAGAGAUUGAACAACCACUGGGACCUGCUGAAACACAAGUUUUGGACAUGCCUAUCGGAACACAAGAGUUAGAACAUGCUUCCCAAAUUCGAGAUGCUAUUGCUACUGAGAUAUGGAAUGAUUAUAUCAGAGAUUAUGCUGCUACUGAUGAUGUUAUAUAGUUCUGAGAUCAUCUUCUGAACUCAAUUUUUGUUGAGAGUUUUUGGCAUUAGAAGCCAUGCAAAGCUUAUUGCCCGUGAGAUAUGUCAACGAAUUUUGCUUUCCACUCCUCCCCUUGUAAAGCACGACUACUUUAAUGCCCAGCAGUUGUAUAUGAGUUAUAAAACAUGAGAUGCAUAAUGUACCUUUAGUUUCUCAGUCGCAAACGAAUUGAAUUUUUUGUUAUAAAUUGAAUUUUCAUCUCC